AUGGCAUUAUCCUUGUCUUCCACAACUGCAAUUACAUGCUCCAAGCUCCAUGACAAUUCAAGCCUUCAAUUCAACACCUCAAACACCUACAGACGAAGUCCAAAUGCAGUGAGCGUCAAAUGUGCAUCGACAGAGCCACCGGCAGCAGGGGCCGGAUCGGCGGGGAGGAAAUCCAAGCUUGAGAUAGGCUCUCCUAUCAUCGUAGUUGAGGCUCCAAGAAUGAUAAAAACCGCGGCAUCGGUUCCAUGCCUCAGGGUCAACUCCGGCUUGGUCAAACCCGGUGAUGUUGGAAGAAUUGUGUCAAGAAAGCCUAAGGAUGUGUGGGCAGUACGGCUUUCAAUUGGCACUUAUCUCAUUGAUGGCAAAUACUUCAAGCCCUUGGAGUUAGAGCUUGACUCAUAG